AUGUGGCCACGGAGCUCGGGCUGCGCGCCACGUGGCUUUGCGCUCCAGCCUGGCGCGCCCAGCGUGCCUGGCGCAAGUUUCACCACUCGAGUCUGCGGGGACCUGCGCACCCGAACGGUGCUCGCCUUCCGCCGCCAGAUGACGCUCUCGAGGCGCCUCCACGACGUGGCGGUGGCGUUGCACGCGAGCCCUGAGGUCUCGGACCGAUGGGUGCUCAUUGGAGUGGUGGUGGUCUUUUGGAAUUUCCUCAUCGUGACUCUGGCCAUUCUAGCCGAGAUUCCAAGUGAGCGUUCACGCAAGACCUUGGCCUUGGCCGUCGAUGAAGCUGAAGGACCCGUGCCGAGCCUGAUCCCAUCCUGGCAAGAGCUUGGGUUUGGUAGAGAGAGCAAGCCUGAAGAGAAGAGACCUUGGUCACCCUCUAAGGACGACCUCGAUGAGGGCCUUCUGCGAAGUGAAGGUCUUGAGGCCACGCUCGCCUUCGACUCCAUCGCUUCCUCGAGUCAGUCCCUGGUGGUCUUUGGUUCCCUUCUUCCCCGACAUGCAGAGGUCACAUUGACCCUCUUGCAGCGAUUCCUGCCAACCGAAGAGGAGAAGCGCUUUGGGCAGAAAGCGGUCAUGUUCUUGGCCACGCAGUCGAACGCCGAGGAUGAAAAGUUCUGGAAGCGGAAGGCGGCACAUUUGUUGACCUUGGCCCGGCUCGGUGCGGAUUGUGGCACCUUGCUGGCUGGGCUGCUGGAUCCCGAGCCCGGACAAGAUGUGGACGGGCUGAUGCAAUUUCUCCAUGGCCAUCCGAUUGGCAGGGAGGUGGCCCACCUCUUGCAGGAGCGGAAGGCCAUUGGCGAUCUCGUCACCCUCUUCGAUUUACGUGCUCAGCAAGACGACCUCGGACGUGCAGGAGGCGCCUUGGACACCUGGCCUGCGAGCGCUCAGCUUUGCCACCAGCUCUUCGUGCAAUCUUGCCGUGAUAGUCGCCCGGUGCUCGUGGAGCUGAUGCUUGAUGAAGCUCCCCCGAAGCCGCCGCCACGGCAGCGGCGACCUCCGACGCUGAAGGGCGCCGAGUCAGACACAGGGGUGUCGGCGUCCGCGCCGACGGACAGACCUGAACUGGCAAGUCUUCAUGCUCUAAGAGCUGUGCUGGCUGCGUCGCAAGCCGACAUUUUGCAAAGGCUUGAUUCAGAGAUCAUCCGCUUGAUGAAGAUGUUUGACGGGGUGGAUGCUCUGGUGCAACCCACAGGGGUGCAGGGCGCCCCCGUGAAAGCGCCAGCCAGAAGAGAAGCAGUCGACAUCCCGGACGGCCCAUGCGACAUGCUGGAGGAUGGAAGUGAGGGUGAGGCAUUUGUGCAGUCGGUCGCCAUGGGCGACAGCGCGAGAGACAUGCUGAGGAAGUACAUGGCCAAGGGACGAAGUUCCAGUAUGCAGGAGACCGGCACAGGGCCCAUUGCGAUUGUCCGUCGCUCCCGGCGCGCCAUGAGUAUGGACCAGAAACCGUCCGUGACGUUGCCCAAUCAGCCAGAGGAGGAGUUGUCCUCCGGUGAUGCUGACCUCCCUGAGCUGCAGCGACGAACCGCUUCCAAGCCUACAGACUACCUGCCAUCACUCUCCGUGAAGCGCCGGGCUGGCAACUGGUUCAAACUCCAGCCGAAGAUGCCUACGGACAAACGUAUGGGCAAAUCAAAGACCAUGAAGGCCAAGGCGAAGGCCGAGACCGUGAACAACGGGACGCCCUCGAAGACCACGCCGGAGAAGAGGACCAAGACCCGGCAGUCCUCGGUGAGUGAUGCGACCGCUUGCGUCCCCACCCCUCGAGCCGCUGGCGACACCCAGAAGUCGCCAGGGGCGGAAGAGUCAAGGGCGAUACAGGAGAUGGGUCCAGGCAUUUUUGGACGAAUGCACUCAGAGUUCUCCGUCGAGUCCUUGCAGAGGUAUGCCCUGGAAGGCAUGGGCCACGAGUCCGCAGAGAACCGAUGCACCGACAUCGUGAGCCACCCGAUGUUUGAACGCUUUAUGAUGCUGAUCGUGGGAUUGAAUGUGAUCGAGCUUGCGGUCAGUGUGGAGUUCGACUACAAUGCAUCCAAUCCAACGCUCCAUUCAUGCUUGGUCAUUAUCGAAAAUAUUUUCUGUGGCAUCUUUACGGUGGAAAUUAUCCUCAGAUCCUUCACUUAUAAGCGAUUCCUGCAUUUGCUACAAGAUGGAUGGUUCCUCUUUGACUUUUUGCUGGUGUUGUUGAUGAUUUGGGAGUCCUGGGUGAUGCCUUUUCUGACCGCUUCUGGACCGAUCCACGCGAGCUUUGAGAGCAGCGGAGCCUGGCGCAUGGCACGGAUCUUCCGCGUGCUACGCACCGCGCGCAUGGCCCGGCUGGUACGGUUGCUGCCGGAGUUGAUGAUCCUCAUCAAAGGGAUGCUGGUGGCAUGUCGUUCCGUAUUUUUCACCUUGCUGCUCCUGCUGAUCAUCACGUUUGUAUUCAGCAUCGCUUUUCUGGAACUGGGCCGCGGAACUGAUCUGGAGUCGGAAUUCUUCCCCUCCAUCCUGUCCUCCGUGGUGACUCUGAUUUUGCACUGCAUCGUGCCGGAUCAGGAGGUCUUUUUUCGGAUUGUCGCACAAGACAAUCCGGGCCUUGGGCUGUUGGUCUUGUUGUUCAUCCUCUUAGGCUCUCUCACUGUCAUGAACAUGCUGCUUGGCGUGCUGGUCGAAGCUGUGAAGACGGUCUCCACCAUUGAGCGGGAGCAAAUGGUAGCAGACUUUGCUCGGAGGGUGCUUUGGCAGCUGAUCCAAAGCGACAAAGAGGAUCCUGAUGAAGAUGACUACUGCGAUCGAAUGAUCUCGGAGAAGGAGUUCAAGUCAUUGUUGCGGAAACCGAAAGCGGUCAAAGCCUUGGCAAAGCUUGGGGUUGAUGCAUCCAGCGCAGUGGACUAUGGCAAGAUGCUGUUUGAGGAUGAUGGAUCCGUGUCGUUCAUGGACUUCAUGCGAGCGAUGUUGGCCUUGCGCGGCUCCAAUAAGACCACGGUCAAAGACAUGGUCGAGCUGCGGAAGUAUGUGGGCGAGGAGUUUGCCGAUAUGCGGCGCUUGUUUAGCGAGUUAUGUAGCAGCUUGGCACCGCGGGACAUUUGCACCACGUCGUCGCUGAAAACGACCAGCCGCGCCUUGCGACUGGUGGAGGAGCAUUCACCCAAGGAUGCCCUUGCAGCUGUGGCCUUGGCGAGGAGCGCGCUGGACUUUCACGCUCCCGUCGCCCGAUCGCUGGGCUACGAUCUUCCGGUGGAUCCCAAUGCCGUGGGCUUACUCCCAAUCCCUCAUUGCGAAACACUGCCUGCAACACUGGAGCAUUUUGGGCUACUGCUCAGGUACCCCUCAGAGUAUCGUUUGGUGCUGGAUUGGUUUGACCGACAGUUUGGCUUUCUGGAUCGAAUCUUGACGCAUGGCAUCCGAGUGGUGAAGGUCGCUUUGCAUCAAAAUCGCGGCUUCCAAGCCUUGGGCUCAGGUUACAAGGUGAAGAGCCGCAUGAAGUCGCCACAGAGCUUGAUGAAGAAGUUGCUUCAAGGGCGCAGAGUGAAUGAUCUCUUGGGCUUGGAAGUCAUCGUUCAGCCUCGACAUUUACUGAGUGGAAAGGGCGAGGCCACCGCCUUUGCAGCGGCCUCGGCCAUUCUGAAGUAUGUCUCGAGUGUGGAGGCGGGUUGGAAGAUUGCGCCGAACUCCUUCAAGGACUAUGUGAGCAAACCGAAAAAGUCGGGAUACCAGGCCAUUCACUUAACCCUGGUCACUGACUUCCAGGCCAACACGCUGAGCGUCCGCCAUCAAUCCCAAGCGCCUUGUCAACUCGAGCUGCACAUCUUCACCACUCAGAUGAAGCUCCGGGAGCGGCAGGGUCCCGCCAGUCACGCCACUUACAAGUCCUUUCCGCUGUGCCCAGAAGAUCUCAUGGAGAAGCUGGGCAAUGAAGGUGUGGUCUCCAUUUCUGAAGUUGCACACCACGACUUUGAUGCGGAUGCCUCUCAGAAGUUAGAGGAGUUGGCCCAGCGAGCUGGCUACCAAGACAUGGACAUUGAAGACUUGAGACUGAGCCGAGCCCACGUGAACAAGGUGGUGUCCGCCUUCCAGGAGCUCAUGGCCGCCGAGACCACCUCGACGCUCCCGCUCGGCGACGAGACGGACGCCGCGAGCUUGCCGGACGGUUACCUCCUGGGCCCACUUAGCUUCGUGCAUCUCUCUGUGAGCAGAUCGACCGUAGCGCCAGGACGCAGAACCAGCCUGAUCCGGAGAGCACGUGGCGGCGAAGGGGAUGCCCUAGCGGUGGGGGACACUGUCAGUGCACUUUGCCCUGACGAUAGUCAAUGGUACCCGGGUGCCAUCGAGAAGAUCAAUGACGAUGGCACCUUUAGCGUGAAGUGGGAUGAUCCCGAUGGUGGCCCAGAGACCCACGACAUCGAAGUGGCAGACAUUCAGAAGAUCGUCAUCUUCAAAGACUACAAGGUCGGUGAAAGAGUGGAAGCGAUCUUCCCAGAUGAUGGCUAUUGGUAUCCAGCGGAAGUGACGAAGGUCGGCGACGGCCGCUUCACCGUGAAGUGGGAUGACCCAGAUGGUGGUCCAGAGGAAUCAGAAGUCGAUGCCAAGGAGAUGAAGUAUCCGCCAAUCCCUUAUGGGGACAUUGAGAUUGGCAAGAAGUACGACGGCACAGUGCGGAGCGUCUUGGACUUUGGCGCCUUUGUCGACAUCGGCGCGGAGAGCGAGGGGCUGUUGCACAUCUCACGCAUCUCGGGGGAGCGCGUGGAGAACAUCUACGACGUGCUGUCAGAGGGGCAGAAGGUGGAGGUGUGGGUCUCUGGCAAAAGGGAGGACGAGGAGAAGUUUGGGCUCACCAUGGUGGAGGGCAAGAUGGACAGUGCACCCAGAGCUCCUGCUGAUUUGACGCCUUUUGCAGAUUUACCUUCAGAUGAGUGGUAUAACGGCAAGGUGGCGCGAACUGCUCCCUUUGGCGCCUUUGUGACCGUGACCUUGGACAGCGGGGCGCAGGCCGAUGGCUUGGUACAUGUCUCGAAGAUCAAGGACGGCUUUGUGGACAAUGUCGACGAUGAGGUGUCCAUCGGACAAGAUGUGAAGGUUCGUAUUGAAGACGUGGACCUGGACAGCAACCGAAUGCGCCUCUCAAUGCGAGAAGGAGGCUUUGGUGGUGGUCCCAGAGCACCAGUAGACCUGACUCCUUUUGAGAGCAUUUCUCCAGACAACUGGCUGAAAGGCAAAGUCGCCCGGUUGGCUCCCUUCGGUGCCUUUGUGACUGUCACCACACCUGACGGAGAUGCCACCGCCGACGGCUUGGUCCACAUCACUCAGAUCAGGGACGGUUUUGUGGAAAGCGUGGAGGAUGAGUUGCAGGUGGGUCAAGAGGUGGAAGUUCGGGUGGAAUCCGCCAACAACGAAGAUGGAAAGAUGAGUUUGUCGAUGAAGCAGCCCUUUUAG